AUGUUCAAGACAUUAUCCGCUAAAGCGGCUGCCCAGCUCGACCAGGAGCUCAUGUCAACCGGUGCCUACUCAAUUGACCAACUCAUGGAGCUAGCAGGCCUAGCUGUGGCCAAAGCAAUCUACAAACAGUAUCCUCCCAAACCGGCCACAUCGGGAUCCAAGGUUUUGGUGCUUGUUGGGCCUGGGAAUAACGGAGGCGAUGGACUCGUGUGUGCAAGACACCUUAAGUUAUGGCGUCAUUACGAGCCUGUGGUGUACUACCCAAAGAGACCCCAAAAGGAGCUAUACCAGAGACUCACUACUCAAUUGCGCCAUUUGGGUGUUCAGGAGGUUGAAAGUAUCGAGGAGGUGAAGAAGCUCACGGCUGAGCCGUCAUUGAAGGUGAUUGUGGAUUCACUUUUUGGCUUUUCGUUUAAGCCGCCAGUCAGAGAACCGUUCAAUGAGCUCAUUGACCAUUUGGCUGCAAAACACGAGGAGAUAGCCCCAAUUGUGGCCGUGGACAUUCCUUCAGGAUGGGAUGUUGAUGAAGGUCCUCAGGAUGUUGAUAUUGGUGCUUCUGUGCUUGUCAGCUUGACAGCUCCCAAGCCUUGUGCUCAGCGUUUUGCUGCUCCAGGAAAAGUGCACUAUUUGGGAGGAAGGUUCAUUACUGAUGAUGUUGCCGAAAGGUAUGGGAUUUCUGAUUUGAUCAAGUUGUACCCUGAUGAUGAGUUGAUUGUGAAGUUGUAG